CCCAUUCAGGUGCCAAAAUGGUGAACUGCUGUGGAUUGGUAACUGUCAAGAAUGAACCAGUGCCUCUGAAGAGUAUUGCUGUGGAGGUGAGUGUCCAGGGGCAUGUAGCCACUGUGAGCUCCACUCUGCAGUAUGAGAACCAGGAGGAGAGCCCUCUGGAGGCCAUCUUUGUUUUCCCUCUACCAGGAGAGGCUGCUGACUGCAGGUUCAGCGCCAAGAUAGGACAGACUGAGGUGGUGGCUGAGGUUCAGGAGAAACAGAAGGCGCGGGAGCAGUAUGAUGAUUUGUUGAGCUCGGGCCAGCAGGCCUUCCUAUUGGAGGAGAGUGAUGAGAGCCCGGAUGUGUUCAAGCUGAGUGUAGGUAGCCUGCCUCCAGGGGAGAAGGCCUCUGUCAGCCUGGACUAUGUGACAGAGCUGGCUGUACAGGCUGACGAUGGCCUGAGGCUCUGCCUUCCAGCUGUGCUCAACACCCGCUAUCAACCCCAGGGGUCAGACAAUGGCAGUGGUGGCAGUGCCCUGGUGUCCUCGGUGCCUGCUGGUUCUGUGCCUUACAGUCUGUCCCUCAGUGCCCAUGCGUCGUUCCCUCAUCCCAUCUGUAGAGUAGAGUCCAACUGUCCCUAGGACCCACUCAACUACCUCAACACAGAGAAAACCCAAACCACGGUCAGUCUGGCUGCAGGUCGUCAGUUUGCCCGGGACGUUGAGCUGUUGUUGUAUUACCAAGACACCCAUCAGCCUACUGCUAUAGUAGAGGCAGCGCAGACUUCUGCCAAGCCAGGCUCUCUGAUGGGCAACCCAGUGGUCAUGCUGAGCCUGUACCCAGAUUUCCCCAACGAUGUGAUGUCAUUGAUGACCUCACAUGCAGAGUUUCUGUUCAUUAUGGAUCGCUCUGGUAGCAUGUCAUGCCCCAUGCACAAUAGACCUGGGGCUCAGGACCGCAUAGGCAGUGCCAGGGACACUCUGCUGCUCUUGCUGAAAAGCCUGCCAAUGGGCUGCUACUUCAACAUCAUCAGCUUUGAGAACAUUUAUAACUCCUUCUUUCCUAAGAGUGUGGAGUAUAGCCAGAAGACAAUGGAUGAGGCUCUGGAGAAGGUGAAGGCAAUGAGGGCUGACCUCAGAGGUACAGAGAUCCUCCAGCCUUUAAAAGAUAUCUACAGCCAGCCCUGCCUCCCUGACCAGCCCAGACAGCUCUUCUUGUUCACUGACGGUGAGGUGGGGAACACCAAGGAAGUCCUGGAUCUGGUGAAGGCAAAUGCCGGCUCUCACAGGUGCUUCUCCUUUGGGAUUGGAGAGGGGGCCAGCUCUGCUCUCAUCUCUGGGGUGACCACUGCGGGAUCGGGGCACCACCAGUACAUCUUCUCCCUCCCUCCCUCCCUCCCUCCGGUGAUGCAGUCCCUCCGGUUUGCCCUGCAGCCGGCUGUGGUGGACAUCUCAGUCAAGUGGAAUGUCCCAAAGGGGGUGUCUGUCACCCCUUUGUCUCCACCAAUCAUAGUUCUCCUCCAGGGUCAAAGGGCACUGCUAUAUGCCCAGCUCACUGGGAAGAGCUCAGCAUCCAAUCAGGAGUGA